AUGUCUGAGGAGACACCUACUGAGGAGAUCAACUACGAGGAGCAAUAUAAGUUGCUAUCUGAGGAAUGUAAGAAAUUGAAGAUUGAUAUAUCAAGUUUACAGUUAAGCAACCGAAGUCUCGUCAACCAAAAUAGAGAUGAGAAAAAGAAGGUUAUGGAUUGUCGGUUGCAGAUUGCAGACUUUGAAAGUCGCCUUAAGUCAUUUGAAGCAACGAAGACAGAACUUUCUGACUGUCAGUCUCAGUGCGACCGAUUACGUAUGACGCUUGAGAGUAAUGAGGCCAAGCUGGCCGAUGCCGAACGCCGUGCAGACGAAGCCAGUGGCUUGAUAAAGAUCAAAGAUAGUAUCAUCCUAAAGCAAAGCAAUUUCACCAAAGAAAUCGAAGAACGUCUUCGUAAUGUAACAGAGGAUCGUGACCGUUUGUUGCAUAACAACAAUACAUUAGAAAGUGAUUUAAAUGCGGCCUUGAUUAGGGGUGAAGACGCUGAUGAAUUGAGAGAAAAACUGAAGAAGUUGGAAGAAGUAUUCGAUAAAUUGGCAUCGGAAAGAUCAGAAACAGCUACUGAAAGCGGCCUUGCUGCUGCAAAUGAAUAUUUUAAAUCGGAACAAGCCAGGUCUGAAGAAAAAAUCAACAAGCUAAAAGAAAUUCAGACUAAAUUGGAGCAGACUAUUGAAAAACUGGAACAAGAUAAGCAAGAGUUGUUGGAACAGAUGGACAAACAGUUUGAAGAUUAUGAAAAGCUGAGCGAUAAAUGUGCCACCCUGGAGGCUCGAAUCAAGGAAAUGGCUCAGUCGGAAAGAAGAUACGGUGGAGGCAUGAUGGGUGGUCGCCUCAUCGGCCCCACCUUACCACCAUGGAUCGCCGAUGAGAAGAAACUAGAAAACGAUCUGGAGCGUCUUUCAAAGGCGGAUCCUGCUACUCUACGUGCCAAAGUUAUGGAAUUAGAAAGCCAAGUCAGCGAGUUAAAUCAGCUCCUGACCUACCGUGAGGAUGUCAUUUUACGGAUACAUGAGGAAAUCGGGAAGAAAUCGUCUAAAUUAGAGGCAGCCGAGGUGGAGCGUUCCAGUCUCAAUGCUCAAGUUAGCAUACUGAAACGAGAGUUGGCCACUGCACGUGAGGACCUUGCCAGACGAGGUCUCGGCCCAGCUGAUCUGGAGGCAGAAAUUGAACGUUUGCGGGGAAAACGAGAUCGAGAAUAUCAAAGACGUAAACGUAUUGAGGGUGAACUGGACGAAUUAGAAAAAGAAAACCAGGAAUUAAAACAAAAGAUAAAGAAGUUGGAGGAGGCUGUGGCUAAUUUACCUCCCCCUAGACCAGCUGUCCCGCAGGGGGAUCCUUCUGAUAAGAAUCGCAUAAUCGAACUGCAGGGUACUGUUAAUCAACUGCGUAUGGACAAUGAAGCCAAACGCUCUGAAUUGUUCGACCUCCGUUCCCGGUUCGACGCGAAAUCGGCGCAAGUGGAUAAGAUCGCCGCAGAGUUGAAGACAAAGGAGAAAACAACAGGUGAACUGACAGCGCAGCUGAACAACGUUCGGUCCCAGCUAGAAAUAACGACCAAAGAUCUAGAGACAGUUCGUUGUCGCGCCGUCCGUGGAGGUGCAGAAGUGGAACGGUGGCAUUCGGACUUGACCAGCCUCCAGGUUACAAACAAGUUUCUAUCUUCUCAGCUGAACGAGCUGCGCGCGAAGAUGCUUGUGAAGGAGCGGCUCAUUGGAGAACUUACUAAGCGCUGCCAAGAAAACCUGCCUCCACAAUCCCACUCGGAGUUGCCUUUGGUUAACGGUGACGUUGAUGACAAUGUGUGCUCACGUUGUGGUGAUAAGUUGGAUGAGCUUGACGUGGCCGACACAAAAACCAGUGACACUGUGACAAAACUUGAACUGAAACUGGCUGACCGCGAACAACACUUUAGUAAGCUACUGGACGAAGCAACGGAAGCACGCCAGACGCUCGAAAAAGACAAACUUCAGCUUGAAAACAAGCUCAGUUCCGUUUACCAACGUGCCACACAGUUGUCCGAAGAUGUUGCUCGCGAACAACAGGCAGUUGAAGCCUCGAAUUCAAAGAUCCAAAAAUUGACUUCACAGCUCAAUGAACUGGAAAGUACACUAUCUUCAACGCGUACUCAGCUGCUUGAGGCUAAAUCCGAACAACGGAAGGCUGAGAUCGAAGCUGUCCCUCCUACUGUAACUCCUCCUGCCAAACGUACCAGGCGGAGUGGAGCAAACAAGACAAGUACUGCAAAUCAUCAGGAAUGUAAUUCUUGCUUGGAACUGCGCAAACAGGUUCAAGAUUUGGAAGCCAGUCUCAACGAGGGUAAUCUCAGGGAAACAGCCUUGACAAGUCAGCCCUAUAGUGCCAACCUCGCCUUCCACAAAGAUAUUUAUGGCACUAGCACCCUUUCAGUGCCUAGCUGCCAUGCCACACGGAGGCACGAGGGCUGGGACACUGCCAGGUCACCAAGCCUAGACAGGGAAAGUCGAGAUGUAGAGGUCGGGUUCGAACCACGGACCUUCCAGUCGGUAAAUUCGCGCCUUAAUCACUUGGUCCAUCUCAUUCGUUAUGAAUUCUGUUUUCCCCAUUGUCCGGCAUUUAUCCCCCAAACCGAAUUAUCUAGGCUACCCUCAACACAAGUGUCAGUGUGUCAAAGAUGCAUGCAGCCGGUCUAUCAUGCUAGAUCAAUCGGUGCCAUUUGGAUGCUUUCACGAA